AUGAGGAUCGUGGCUGGAGAUUUUUCUGUGGGAUUAUAUGAGGGGACGGAGCAGUUCCGCAGGCCUCAUGUUUUAAUACCUCACCCAGAGUAUAAUAAAGCCACCAAUAAUGCAGACAUCAUGCUCAUUAAGCUGCAGUCUCCCAUCUAUCUGAACAGCUAUGUGUCUCUGGCGCCGUUGCCUCGGCAGGACACCAUGGUGGCCAUGGGAUGCGUGUGCACGGUGUCCGGCUGGGGCUUCACCACUCCAACGGGAGGAAUACCUGAAACACUGCGCACAGUCAAACUGCCCAUCGUGUCCAGCUCAGUGUGUAACGGCACAGACUCUUUUAAUGGAAACAUCACAGAGAAUAUGAUCUGUGCAGGAUACAGUGAAGGAGGAAAAGAUGCAUGCAAGGGGGAUUCUGGAGGGCCGCUGGUGUGUGAGGGCCACGUCUAUGGUAUCGUCUCCUGGGGCAAUGGCUGUGGUGAUGCCCAGUACCCUGGUGUCUACACAUCCGUCUCAAGGUUUCGUCAAUGGAUCGAUGAAACUAUAUUUGGCUUUUAUGGAAGGUGCCUCAAGUAUUAGACUGCAGUGUUACCCCAGCACUUCCCUAAUCAAACUUGAAAUCCUCGAAAUAUGCCAACACGAAUACUGUUGCUACUUUCUUCUGUUUGAAAAGUUAGGACUUUUGAUGAUUUCCAGAUGAGUACAACGCUGUUCUGAAACAGCACGUCUGUUCCUCAACAGCUGGUAGACCUUUUUUCAGUAGUUUGUACAAACUGUUUUUUUUAAAGGUGACAUAUUGCUGCUUCCCUGCAAUGUCAGUGAAAACUGACAAUAGAAAGCUAAAGGAAUGUAAAAAAAAAAAAAAAAAGCUUUUAUAUGGAAUGGUACAUGUGAGAACGUAAUAUUCAACAUUCAAAUAAUCUAAUCAAACAGACUUAAUUUGUAACCAAACCGGUUACACACUUACAAGUAAAAUGGGUAGUUCACUCAAAAAUGAAAUUGUCAAUUUACUCACCGUCAUGAUUUGUCAACCUGUAUAAAUAUG